AUGAAGAAUGCUCAACCUCAAUCAUCUUUCAUGAAACUCUCACCGGAGAGGAAAGACUCAUCCACAGAGAUUCAACAUAUCAAGAACGGUGAUCAUGACAAGAACAGAGACAUAGAGGCUGUCUUUGCUCACAUGGACGCAAACAAAGACGGUAAAAUCUCUCCAGACGAGCUUCAAAAGAGUUUCAUGACACUAGGAGAGCAAUUAUCUGACGAAGAAGCCGAAACUGCGGUUAGAUUGUCUGAUACAGACGGAGAUGGGAUGUUGGAUUUUGAGGAGUUUUCUCAGUUAAUCAAAGGAGAUGAUAAAUGUUCAGAGGAAGAGAAGAAGAUGGAGCUUAAGGAAGCUUUCAGAAUGUAUAUAGCAGAAGGUGAAGAGUUUAUUACUCCUAAAAGCUUGAAGAUGAUGCUAAAGAAGCUAGGUGAAUCAAGAACAACUGAUGAUUGUAGAGUUAUGAUUCGUGCUUUUGAUCUCAAUGAUGAUGGUGUCUUAAGCUUCGAUGAGUUUGCUCUUAUGAUGCGUUAAAAUCAGUUAUUAAAAAUCCUGUCAUGGCAUGGGUUUAGGUCCGGUGGGCUAAUCGUCGAUCACGCUUUGUGGUCGGAUACUGGAUUAUCAAAAAAAAAAAAAAAAAAAAGAUCAGUUAUUUCUCUAUUCUUCUUGUAGCUUCUCCUGUUUUUUUUUUAUUAUUAUGUUUUAUUGGUGUAUAUAAUUAAUAGCUUGUUAGGCAAUAAACACGAUUUUUUUAUUUCAUUAUUGUUAAACUUGUUUAUUAUUAUGUUUGAUUGGUGAGAAAAUUUAGCAGGAACAUGUCGAGUCCAUAGAGAUUUGACCAUGUCAUGUUCUUUCGCGACGAACACAUUUCAAGACAAAAGCUGAGCAUGUGACAAUCAAUAAUAGGACAACUAGAUUCAAGAUGAGUUUUAGUCAGUUAGAGCAUGAUCAAUGGAGGGGUUUUAGGGAGUUUCUUAGGAGGGGGGGCCAUAAAAAGAGGAGAAAAAAGAGAAACACUGCUGCCAAAAAUCCAGAAUAAACAGGAAGCUUGUUCUAUUUCGUAGGUUUCAUGCUACGUGGCGACUCACGAUUGGUCAAAUUUCUUUUUUUUUCAUAGAAAAAAGGAAAAAAAAUUAAAAAUUAAAAAAAAAAAACACUCAUGCGUUGAUGCUGCUCUUAGUAUCGAGUUGUUUUCAUCUAAAGGCUCAAUCAUGGUGGAUGUAUAGAACAAUAUAUUCUAGUAGACUUGGUUUUGUCCAAAAAAAUAAAAAUAUUCUAGUAGACUUAGUAAAAGGACCAGUAGACUUGGUUUUGUCCAAAUAGGGUUUAGCGGAUUUUAUUACUACAUAAAUAUAAUCUCUUUGUACAAUUAAAACUCAUGUGAAAAGCAAGUGGCACUUCAAAUGUAAGAAAAACUAGAUCAUAACCCGCCCGACUGGGCGGGUAUUUAUUUUUAUGGUAUAUAUAAACAUUUCAAAAAUUACAAUCUAAUGGUUCCAAUUUGACUAAGUAAUAAUACAUUAUUUAAACAUUGUAUUUCAUCACUGUAUUGUGUAACAGGGGCGCCGCAAAAUAUUGUGACCCGUAAACAUUUUAUUAAUAGUUUAUAAAUUUUUUUUUUGCUAAAUUUGGUGCAAAAUUAUAUACAUUAAACAAUUU